UGGCAACAAAAUCAUAACAAGUUCUCAGCCAGAAGACAGUCAGGCUUUUGUUCCAUAAACGUCUGCCUCUGCUGUUCAGUCGGCCCUGCAUUCAGUAAUGGCGGACCGAGUUCUUUAGAUCAGUCGUCGAUUCCGACGAUUCUCUGCACCAGGGGAGUGUAGUGACGAGUGCCGCAAAGAAGAGGCUCCGUAUACGGAGAGAAGAAACGCGAGUGCUGGGACAUCAGGACGACGCGUUUUCUACUUAGAGUGGUGAGAGAUAUCAAGACAUUGCAUCCUCCGCAACAAUUUGGACGAGGACCUUAAUUUCAUUCAGUUGUGCUUGAAGAUCUGUUUCUGCAUCUGUGCGUGAGCAGUUUGAGGAGAGGAGCUGGAAGAGCGGAGGGGAAAAAACAAAAAGACGAGAUGCCUUCCUCAGUAAUUUCUUCCUCCCGGUCGUCAGACGCGAGCCGUCUGACAGGCAGCUACCAAAGUGGUGGCUCCGGUGCCAGUAGCGGAACGGGCCAACAGCAAAAGAUUCUGAAGCUACUUCUCAUCGGGGACAGUGGGGUUGGCAAAUCGUCAUUGCUCAUGCGGUACUGCGACGAUGAGUGGAGCUCCACCUACCUCAGCACAAUAGGUGCAGCUUUUGCUACUAGCCUGUACUACAGAAACGCGCUAACGUGUUGAUGAUCUGUGUAUUUGUCACACGGUGUGUAUUCUACAAGUGUAGUAGUGUUUUUUUUUUCCGUCAGUGCUGCCACUCGAAAGAACUACCUUGAACUUAUGUUCGACGCCAUUUUUUUCAACAUAGGAAUCGACUACCGGGUCAAAUACACGAAUCUGGCGAAGGAGAAGGUGAAACUGCAAAUCUGGGACACUGCUGGACAGGAGCGGUUUCGUACGAUAACUGAACAGUACUACCGGAAUGCGCACGGCAUACUGCUGGUUUACGACCAGUCCCAGCCCGCGACGUUUCAGAAUGUGCGCACCUGGAUGCAACAGAUCCAAGGCAGCGCACCUGACGGCGUACAGACGUGUUUGUUGGGCAACAAAAGUGAUUUGAAAUCACCGCAGGGCGUUCAGGCAGCGAAGGGAAAGGAGCUCGCAGAUGAGUACCUACUUGAUCUGCCUGAGUGAUGCUUAAAUGAUCCGCUGCAUUUUUUCAUCUCAUGUGCUUCAAUAUACCUGCCUCGAAGAAGAUGUCGGUCUCAGUGUGGCAAUUUCUCGAAAAUCAACUUGUUCUUUUUCGUAGGUUCGGGAUCCCAUUUUUCGCUGUGUCGGCAAAAUCGGGCAAGGGCGUUGCCGAUGCCUUUGUAUCCGUCGGCGAACGUGUGCUCGACCAAUUCGCCACGAGCGGGCUCCUGGCGAACACGGCGCAGCGACACCGCGAUCGAGUUUCGCUCACCGCAGGCCCGUCCGCUGUGAAGGACUCGGGGGGCAAAUCCUGUGCCUGCUAGCAGCAAUUGCAAGGGAUGCUGCGCUUUUUCGAGGAAUGAAUUGACAAUAGGUCGUGGGAGUUCAGAUCGUGACAGGGUUGCCCUUGUUCUUUUCGUGCGGUGGUCCUGGCAACUGCUUUGAAAACGGUCUGCCGCGCCACGGAGAUCGCAAAUUUUUGACGUUUUGGGCACACGGUAUGCAACUUUUUGCAUCACCAGAAACCGAUCUCAGCCUUUACGUUUGUUAAAAAGAAGUGCAUCCGAAUCCGCACCAGAAAAAGGAAGUCAAAUUUUUAAAGAAGUUAUUCAGCCUGAACGUACUAGACCUGAACAAGAAUGCCACUUGACGAACACAAACACACUCAAAUGCCUUUGCAAACAUGUACCAUAACGUUAACCGCUCGCAUUCAGCCAUAGACUGCAUAUUCAUAGAUGCUUUACAACUGCAUCGCGCGCACUUACAGUAUACUACAGCAACGCACACUUACUUUAUGCCUUCGCGAUAGCUCCGAU